AUGGAUGAUCGAACGACAGGACGUGGAGGAGAAUUCUCUCUCCGUGCCAAUGUAAAAAAUGGAGAGCUUGAUAGGAACAAUUGGUAUUUUCAUGCUGAGCCCGAUUGCGGACGCACAGCGUAUCAGAUCCAAGUCAAAGUGAUCAGAGACAAAUGUAUGGGACGUGGUUCCGCUAGAAUUGAUGUUGAAAGUAUUCAACCGAAGACAGGAGAGGUUAUCGUUGAAAAAUAUAACCUAGACUGA